AUGAGUAUCCUAAUCGCAAUACUAGAGGUAUAUCCAACAAACAUUACCUUAGAUAUUACCCUAUCUCUAGUACAGCUAACCGUAAUCAUGGCAAUACUACUAUUAUCGGGAUGUAACGCCUUCAUAGCAUACGACUGCACAAUGAGCGCAGUCAACAUAACUGAAAUAGAUCGCACCUCGAUUAUUCCAUGCGACAUUCACUUCGAGACUGCAAGUCAGACGAAGUCAAUCAUACAACUUAUGCAGAUCGCAGAAAAGAUCGAUGUUAAAGUCACUCUACGUAAAGUAGUGACUGGCGAUAAUUUAACUGAUAGUCGCGACUCUAAACAACCGGGUGGUCAAAAAGAAGAAAAGAAGAUACAAAUUACAAAGAUUCGCGACUCUGAAGCAGGUGGAUUGCCGAGUGUGAAAAAUGAGGACUUUUUCCAUGGAUUCAUGCCUAGAGAGCAGGAACAAUUCAUCAUUUCUGUCAGGGUGAAACCCCCAUCAGUGGAUAUCGGUGUAAUGUUUAUCCUACAUAUUUGGAAACCACUACCAAUUUGCAAAGCCAAGCUUCGUGAUAUUACGUGUAAUGCUUGCUUUUUCCAGAGAGGUGGUGGUGUUGUAUUAACGAAUAAAACUGAUGAAGAAAUUGAGGCCGAGAAGAAGCGAGCGGAGCAAGAAAUGCGUCACAUAUUCAUCAAAUACAGCUUGAUCGAGUAUCACAAGCGCCACAAAAUACCGAUAGAUGAAGAGAAGACCAUACUAAAGAGGGCUAUAAAAAAAGCUGAUUGGCAGCUGAAUCAUGAACAAAUCAUCAAAUACGAAAUUUUUUGCACAUUCCGUAAUCUAAAGAAAUGUUUCCCCGUUUUUGUGUGCUUCAGGACGAAAAGGCUUGGAUCGGGAGCGUUCGGUGACGUCUAUAAAGGAAUUCUUAGAAGCGGACUAAUCGAUAAAAGGGAAGUAGCCAUUAAAACAAUCAAUGGAUCGAUCUCAGCGGAGGAAAACGAGAAGCUGUUCCAGGAAGCUAUGCUAAUGAAGACGUUGGUUCAUCCGAAUGUUGUCCUCCUCAUUGGUGUCGCCUCAAAUGAGGAACCAGUCAUGAUUGUUAUGGAACUAGCUCCAGAUAUACCAAGCUCCUAUGGAAGAGAUUAUAGUGAUACUAAGAAGCGUUUUCUAGGUGGUGCCGUACUUGAUGCUGUACAAGCAAAGCCAGGACCGUCUGUAUAUAUUCGAAUAAAAUACAUUUUAGGAGCAGCAAACGGUUUGACAUAUCUAUCCGGAAAGGGGAUUAUUCACAGAGAUAUCGCAGCCCGAAACACAUUGAUCGGUAAAAACAAUGUAGCAAAAAUUUCCGACUUUGGUCUCAGUUGCUUGGGUGCUCAGAAAAAGGAAAAAACUUUGAAAAAAGUGUUUCACGAUGGUAUGACACCGUAUGAUAAGUUUUCCAACACUGCUGCUGUAAGAAAAUUUGUUCUCGCUGGCAACAGACUAAACAAUGAAUCCGAUAAAUAUCCUGAAUAUCUGUGGAAUCUUACACAGGCAUGCUGGAAACAAGAUGGCGCUGAUCGCCCGACUUUCGAAACUAUUGCGAACAUCAUCGAAUCUCAAAUGGAGGACUAUAACGAAACAGUGGAACCCUUCUGGAAAUUCUGGUAG